UUGGUGCCCUGUACUUCAAGCAGAUUAAAUAAUCAAAAAGGCCGAGCCAUUGGGGUCAUGUUUGAAUGCUACAGCUGUUCACCAAGGUUUGACAAACAUUCUUUAUGCGGCUCAUCAUCUGAAUGGGAAAGGCAGGGAUGAUCCUGGGGAGGCCAACAUUUUAAGAAAGAAGAGGGGCAUGAUCCCAAGAUCCUCUUAUGGAAACUGAUCCCAGCCAGAUGGAGACAAGGGGAAGGGCUGCUUAAAUAAGUGGGCUUUUGAAAGCAACAACUGUUUUCUGCAUUGAAGGAAAGCAAGGGCAGGGUUCAGAAAGACUGAAUGUAAAGCUGGGCUCCCAGUCUGCCAUGCCCUUCGUGUGUUGCUCUGCACAUUAAUUAAGGGGUCUACGAGGUCAGCAAGGACGCCCGAGAAGACUCAGUCAUGAAAGGUGAACUGCUCCUGUUUUCCAGUGUGAUUGUCCUGCUCCAGGUGGUAUAUGGCUGCCCAGACAAGUGCCGAUGUCACUCAUCUACAAAUUUUGUAGACUGCAGCCAGCAGGGUCUGGCUGAAAUUCCUUCCCAUUUACCUCCUCAGACUCGAACACUGCAUUUACAAGAUAAUCAGAUACACCAUCUUCCUGCUUUUGCAUUUACGUCAGUGCCAUGGCUCACGGCCUUAAACUUGUCCAACAAUUCCCUUUCAGAUCUGGCCCCUGGAGCUUUCCAUGGGCUUCAGCACUUGCAGGUUUUAAACCUAACCCAGAAUUCACUCCUUUCCCUGGAAAGCAGACUUUUCCAUUCCCUCCCUCAGCUGAGGGAGCUUGAUUUGUCAUCAAACAACAUAAGCCACCUUCCCACAUCCCUGGGAGAGACUUUGGAGAACCUAACUAUACUUGCGGUUCAACAAAACCAGCUUCAGCAGCUUGAUCGAGCGCUCCUAGAAUCCAUGCCCAGUGUGAGGCUUUUAUUUCUCAAGGACAACCUCUGGAAAUGCAAUUGCCACUUGCUUGGCCUUAAACUCUGGUUGGAGAAAUUUAUCUAUAAAGGGGGAAUAACAGACGGUGUCAUCUGUGGAUCACCAGACACCUGGAAGGGAAAGGACCUCCUUAGGAUUCCUCAUGAGCUGUACCUGCCCUGCCCUCUUGCUGCUCCUGAUCCAGAGUCCUCGCAGCCUCAGCGGCCCGGCUCUACCCACGGUGUGGUCCUGAGGCCUUCUGAGAACCACAACUCGGGGGAGCGAGACCUCUUGGAGUGCGAGCUCAAACCCAAGCCAAGGCCUGCCAACCUGCGUCAUGCUAUUGCCACCGUCAUCAUCACUGGGGUUGUGUGUGGGAUUGUGUGUCUCAUGAUGUUGGCAGCUGCCAUCUAUGGCUGUACCUAUGCGGCAAUCACAGCCCAGUACCAUGGGGGACCCUUGGUGCAAACCAAUGAUCCUGGGAAGGUGGAAGAAAAAGAGCGAUUUGACAGCUCACCAGCCUGAGAGCUUUUGUCUCAAACAGGAUUGGUCAUUGCAGGCCAGAAGAUAGUGUCUGAGUAGGGCUGAUGUGUUUACUGUUAGUCUCAUUUUGCUUUUGCCAAAAGAAAAAAAAAAAAAAAAAAGAUGUGUCUGUAAAAAAUAUUUCUGGGGAGGAAUUUAUGUUGUGAUUUAAAAAAUACCAUAGGCAAAAUAGAGACGAUACUUGUG